AUGGCCCCCCAGAGGGGGCGGCGGAUUGGGAGUCGUACCAGGAGCUCACGCAGUGGAGGAGCCGCCAGCAGGCGGCGAGGAGGGCGGCGUAGGCGGCGAGGAAGAGGCCCACCCAUGUCCGCCGCUGGCUCGCCGCUCUCAGCGCCCAGCCGUAUGGCGCCACCGCCGCUGUCUCUUCCACCUCCUUUUUCUCCCCCUUCGCCUCUUCUUCUUCUUCUUCUUCCUCUUCUUCUUCUUCUUCUUCUUCUUGCUCAGGGAGCCGACGAUGCCUCCCGACGGGAUCUGCCAUCACCGGCCGCUCCCCCUUGCAGCUGGUCUCCCUAGCUGACUUACUUAGUCUCCGAAGGAGGGGAACUUCAACUUUCCUCUUUCUUCCUCUCUCUCUCUCUCCCAGCGCCACUCUCUCUCACGCUUUACUGAGUUAUUUUUUUUAAUUUUAGGGAUGCUUUAUCUUUGUAUGCAUUAAUUCUUUUUGUAGAGGCGUUCAUAAAUAGAAAAUACAAAGUAUUUAUUUUAUAUUUUUUGGGGGUAUUAAAGUUUUUUUUAAUCCGUAAAUCUUCAUCAUCUAUCUGAUACGCUUUAACCAGUUUUUAAUAAAUAUAAUUAUAGAUGCUAAUAGGUAAAUCUCUCUCUCUCUCUCUCUGCCCGCCCCUCUUUCUCACGUCUCUUGAGUUCUUUCGUAAAAUUGGGGCUGCUUGAUGUGUAUAAACAUUUAUUAUUUUUAAGAGGCUUUCAUAAAUUGAAAUAAAAAUAUUUGCUUUUAGAAAAUAGUAUUUGAUCAUUAAAUCUUAUAUGAUUUAAAUUUUUUUUAUAAGCGAUGGUAAUAGACCAAAUAGUCCGAAUCCAGUCUACAAUUCUUCCAACUUGGGCUGCUGUCAUCUUCGCAGGUCAUUGUUGA